UUUUCAGGUGACCCAUCAAUCAACGGGCCAAGUAAUGGUUCUCAAAAUGAACACACGGCAUUCGAAUCGUCGCAACAUGCUCAAAGAGAUCCAACUGAUGAACCGUCUGUCACACCAAAACAUCUUAAGACUAAUGGGAGUGUGCGUCCUCAAAGCACAACUUCACGCUCUCACGGAAUACAUCGACGGUGGUUCAUUGCAUCAGCUUAUCCAUAACAGAUCGGUGGAAAUAGAGCAGGAGACGAGGAUAGAAAUAGCUAAAGACAUCGCUUGUGGGAUGGAGUACUUGCAUUUGAAAGGAGUUAUGCAUAGGGACUUGACGAGCAAGAAUGUCCUCAUAAGACGGUUAGAUACCGGAAAACUUCAAGGAAUUGUAAGCGAUUUUGGCCUAUCCACCGACAUCCCAGAUCCAAAAGAAAAAACCAAGCUAGCUAUUGUCGGCUCCCCCUACUGGAUAUCACCUGAAGGUCUCAACGGCAAAUAUUACGACGAAAGCAGCGACGUCUUCAGCUACGGCAUAGUCUUAUGCGAGUUGAUAGCCCGCGUUGAAGCUGAUCCAGAUUAUUUGCCAAGGACCCAUAAUUUUGGAGUGGACUACCUCGCUUUUUCGGACCUGUGCGGACCGAAUGUUGUACCUGAAUUUUUAACAUUAGCAUUUAGGUGUUGUUCUGUUGAACCAAAAAGUCGUCCCACCUUUACCGAAAAUGUUCAAGCCCUCGCCGAUAUUCUGAAGGAUAUGAAGUUGGCCAAAGAAAAACAACAACGUAUGGCGAAUUGUGCAGCUAAAAGCGAAGAGCAGCUUCCGGUAUUGGCCGUCCAGGCAAACGCCCCACAGCAUCGAAAAAUCGUCCACCGACGAUCUCUUUCGGAGGACACAUCAGUGUGGUCUCUUUCAAUGUUUGCGACACCAAGUGACAAGGCCCGUCGGCACGCUUUACUCAUGUGUCGUCAGGAUCCGCACUACAAACCUAGCACUACUAAUCCAUUCGCAGGUCUAGCGCAGUUCCAGGGCGUUAAAAAGUUACUUGGCAAUUUUUCUUCCUGUUGUGAAAUGCCUUGUCCUUUUGUGGAAUCUAAAGACAGUCCGAAAUCCCUUCCGGGAUCACCUACGGCAUCGAGGAAAGCACAUACAAUACGGUCUCCUCUUUUUGUCCAUCCCCUGUAUAAAGGCGGAUCUAGUUCAAAUUUAUCUGAAUUUACAACCGAAUCGGUUACUGGGUUUCUGAGACGUCGAGGAUCUUGUGAAUCGGGGUUCUACUCGAGCGUAGGAGAAUGUCUAUCACCUAAUAGUAUGUGGGGUGACAGUGGCACUGCUGUUAGCUCCCUCAGAUCGCUAGACGAACUGGAACACGCCGAAUUGCAAGCCUUAUGUAAGCGAGCCUCAUCUAUAUACACGGACAGUAGUGAAGAUAUAUCUAGUUUAACUAGUUCCGAUUGGCCAAACGAUCUUAAACCCAACAUACAGUCUAUAGUUGAGUAUUUCGAGCGUAAAGGAGCAACAUUACGACAUCCUGGCGGUGUCAGAGGUGGCCUACAAUUAAGUUCGAGAAUAGCUAACUUAAGAAGAUCUUUGGAAAAACACAAUAUGGGUUCUACGAGCAGUGGGACCCACGUGACGCUGCAGAGGCCAAAAUGUUCCAGGUUGGUUAUAUGUGAAGGGGCAGUUAGAUCUAAGUUGCCGUUGUUUGAUAAAAAGUAA